AGAAACACGUGGUUUUCAAAUGGCGGACGACCCAGGGACACCGCUUCUUCCUCCUGCUGAGCGUGCUGGACCUAAGCCCACGGGUUGGUACCAGCAGCGGUAUGUCUUUGCUUGUCUGUCCUUCCUAGGUUUAUUCAAUGUGUAUGUCCUCCGGGUAAACCUGAGCGUCGCCAUGGUGGCCAUGGUAAACACAACAACCGGAAACGGAAAUACCACCAAUGUGCAGGAGUGUCCAGUCGAUAAUACGACUAACAGUAGUUCUGCUGAUACCCUGCAUGGGGAAUUCGACUGGAGUCCAAGCACCCAAGGCAUCAUACUCAGCUCAUUCUUCUACGGCUACCUAGUGACGCAGCUUCCGGGUGGACUCAUCUCGGAGAAGAUCGGGGGAAAAUGGCCGUUCGGUGUCGGAGUUUUCAUGACUGGUGCUCUGACCUUACUGACCCCUCUGGCCGCUCGGACGAAUGUAUAUCUUCUGAUAGCGGUCAGGGUGCUCGAGGGUGUUGGUGAGGGGGUUACAUUUCCAGCAUUCCAGUCAUUAGCAGGACGAUGGGCUCCGCCUCUCGAACGCAGUCUUAUCUUCACUAGUUUUAUCGGAUGCCAGGUGGGCACAGUCGUAUCAAUGCCAUUGACGGCUUGGCUGAGUGAGACGCUAGGCUGGCCGUAUGCGUUCUACAUUUGCGGAGCAGUGUCAUGUGCUUGGUUUGUUUUCUGGGCAGCGCUUGUGUUCAACUCACCUGAUGAUCAUCCGAGAAUCUCCGAGGAAGAGAGGAAGUACAUCACCACAGCAAUAGGCGAUCAUUCAACUAAGAGAACCGACCCGAUUCCAUGGAAAGGCAUACUGACGUCAGCUCCAGUUUGGAGCAUCGCCCUUGCCCACACAGGGGUGGCAUAUCUUUUCUACACACUGCUGAUUGAUCUGCCCACCUACAUGAAAACCGUAAUGCAUUUCAACCUUAAUGAAGACGGUCUGUUUUCGGCUCUUCCUUAUCUUGCGUAUACUAUACUUACGCUCGUGUACAACCCGUUUGCCGACUGGCUGCUCACAAAGGGUCACAUGCGGACAACUACAAUUCGGAAGCUGAGCACUGCCUUAGGGAUGUUCAUCCCAUCAGCGUUCAUGAUAGGCACAGCAUGGAUUGGUUGUGACUACAUGCUUGGGGUCACCCUUCUCACGAUCAGCUGUGCAACACAGGGCCUUAACUUGGCUGGGUACAUGCCGAAUUGUGUGGACAUUGCACCGAGGUAUUCCGGGACGAUCUUUGGAUUAGUUAAUACUUUUGGAACAAUUACUGGUAUAGUUGCGCCAUUAGUGGUGGGCGCACUUACUAAAAAUAACCAAACCCAGGAGCAAUGGCGGUAUAUUUUCUUCAUAGCAGGGGGCUUCUGCGCGUGUAGUGCCAUACCGUAUAUUAUAUUUGCCAAGGCAGAGAGAGCCCCCUGGAGCUACGGACAGGACGAGAAGCCUCUGAUCACACAGUCUAUCAAUCAAGAGCGGAGCAGGUUACUCACUAUUAAAAAGGAAAAGGAAAACAACGUGGAUGUUGCAUAGUCUAGAGAUCAACAAAACUGUUUCCUGCCAGUUGGGUUGUCCCGACAGGUAUUGAUGACAAAAUAGACAAAGAUAUCGUGAUCAGCGAAAAAGUCGCGAUUUUUUUUUCCAGAUAGUUUUCCAAUCGUAAGAAAUAAUAGUGAGCAUUUUUGGCAGUUUACAGUA